AAGAGACAGCCUUUACUCUUAAUGUUAACCCAAUAAGUUAUCCUGAUAAAUGUGGAUUAAGACAAUUGCAUUGUCUUACUAGACAAGGAUCGAGAUAUCUUGAUCCACCUGAAAUGCUAAAAUAUGAUCAAUUAGAAAAAACGUUUCCGUUGCAAAAGAAUAGAAUUUUUCAAUUAAGUAAACGAGGAGGAAUUGAACCAUAUUUUGAUGGAAUACAAUCUGCUUUAAGAUAUGAAAACAAUAAAAAAGAUAGAUACAAUCUUGAAGUCGUAAAAUUUCAGACCGGUGCUUCUGCAAGUAUGUCGGCAAUAGCUUUUUAUGAAGGAAUAUUUAAUGGAGAUGGUCCGUUAGAUGCCUUUAAAAAUCAACCAGUAUACAUUUGGUCUAUACCACCCCAAGAUAAUAUUUUAGAAGGUUUUCGAAACUGUCGACUUUUAAACGAGACUAUUCUCAAAAAAUAUUCCUAUAUAUAA